ACGGCUUCCCCCAAUGUCACGGCGCGCUAGAAAACCCCAGCUCCUCCCCCUCCUCGUUGCGAAAGCCUGGCUCUUCCCUUCCGAAAGCAGCGACACGCCAAGAACAAGAACCCACCCGCCGUGCGCUGCUGCAAGGGGAGGGGGAGGCGGCCGGCCCGCUGCAGGAAUCGGCGGAAGGUUACUCACUCGCCGUCGAUUGAAGGAAUCCUCUAGGUUUCCGUGACCUCCGAAGGGAGACGAUUGGAGGCAUGCCGCCGACAGGAAGGAAGCACUGGUGCAAUGUAUGCAAGAAAAGCUUCCCAUCUUACCAUUCGCUCGGAGGCCACAUGAAUCUUCACCGCGUCAAACGCAAGCAGAAGAAGCAAGCAAGGAGCACACUUAGCCUUCCAAACAUUGGUGAUGGCUUCCGUGGGUAUGGGCUCCGGGAGAGGCGACAUUGUACCUGGUUGUUGUGUGAUUCUAGUGACGAUGAGUACCUGACAAUGGCUCCCAAAACGGAAUGCCAGUUGUGCUUCAAGGUUUUUGCCUCCAACCAUGCACUAUCCGUGCACAUGAGGGCGCAUGCUCGCCAUGAGAGGAAGAUGGUGGCAGAGGAGGUAUCAAGAGAGAGCAAUGGACACUCUGAUCAUAAGGUCGUUGUGUCUACUCCAGUGAUGUUGACAUAUGGGAUAGAGGAAGUGAAUGCUGCGCGUGUUCUUUUGAUGAUCUCUGGAUAUUCUGGCGUGGAUUCAGCUUCCGAGCAUUGCGAUGAGGAUUAUGAGAUGGAUGGCAACUCGGCCUACCAUGUGCAGAAGAGUGAGAUGGAGCUGGACUAUUUUUGUCACGGCAAAACUGGGGAUGCUGAGUUGAUGAUGCCAGAAAGCCCCAGUUCUGAUGUCAAGCUGAAGUUCACCAGUCUUUCGCAAGUGUUGAAGGCGACAGAAAGCCAUGAUUGCAAGCUCUGCGGCAAGGUCUUCACAUCCAGCAAAGGAUUGGCGAGCCAUAAGAAGUUUCACAAAGUUCCUGAUCAUGAAAAGGUUGCAGCAUCACCCAACUCUGCAGUGUCUCAAACAGGACAGCAGCUGCUUGAAGUGGAUAGCCGAUUGCUAUGUCUCAAUCUCAACCUUCCAGGUUUCAGUGACAGAAACUACAGAAGCAGGAGUGCAAAGUCUGCAGAAACUCCGUGGUGGACGACAAGUGCUUUCCGGAGUGAACGAAUGCUGGGCAUUGUCUGAAAUUGGUAGUGUCAAAUACUCUGGUGACAAACAAAAGCUAGUUGAUUGAAGGAUAUUGAUGCCAUAAAUGCCCUUGAUAGAUUUACUUAGUAGUCAAUAGUAUUUUGCUAUUAGAAAUGCCAGCGUUCUUACAUGUAGCACUGCAGUUUUGUUUCUCAACAACUGAUUCUUUAUCCAGUGACAGUGAAGUGAGGGCCAUGAUCUCAUUUUCGGUUGCCUGUAUAGCAGGCUUGUUCAGGUUGUUAGAAACUUGCAAUGCAUUUUAUUUUGUUUGUGACUCUGCGUUAACAGAGAUGGUUUCUGAAUUUGUUCA